AUGACCCAUUCGGUGGAACAGAAUGGACGAGUCAAGUACCGCGUCAUGACAUGGUGCAGUGUGGAAUGUGUGAGUGCUUCCCAGGAUUUAGAAUCCCUUGUAAGCUUUCCAGUGAUGAUUGCACCAAACAUCUCCCUUGGGAUUCUUUCUCUCUCUUCCGCAAUCACCGCGCUGGGAAUUGGCCCAGCCGUCGUUCUCAUUGUCUUCCUCUCCAGACUGUCCUGUUACACAGCUCUCGUCAUCGGCAAGUUGAAACUCCGAUACCCAGAAAUCCACAGCAUGAGCGAUGCAGGGGUAACACCUUUCGGUCGACUAGGCGAGGAGCUGCUCAAUGUCACACAAUUGAUUUUUCUGGUCUAUCUCAUGGCCAGCCAUGUGCUUAGUUUCCCGGUGCUGAUGAAUGAGCCGACGGACGAUGGGGCCUGCACCAUUGUGUUAAUUCUUGAUCCUGAUGAACCAGCUGUCCACGGUUCCAUCUUCGGGUUCCUCUCCGAGACGGAAAAUCCUCGGAAUUUUCCCAAAUCAUUUGCUGUGCUUCAAGUCGUCGAUACAUUCGCUUAG